CGGCUACGUCAAAUUUUAUCACAAGAACUGUCAUUUCCUUCUACUUCCAUCCGAGAAGAAUUACGCGUGCGAGAACGAUGAGAAGAUAAUCGGAUUCAUUUUCCUCGAUUAAUACGAAAAAAACACGGAUCGUUUACCGUUUAGGAAAUUGAAAACGAUGGCGGACGAUACUUUGGGGUACUUAAGGAGGCCGGAAAUCUUCGGGAUGAUGUUGCGCAUCGUUUUCGUAUCCGCGAUGUCUUACUACGGGAUUAAAUGGUUCAUGAACCAAGUCGAUCCGACUAAUAAAAGCAAAAAGAGUGCGCGAAAAAAAGCCACGGAACAAUUAGCGCGGUUAGCUAAAAGUGGAAGUCACGUCCUUCCGAUAGAAAAAUUAUCCGAUUAUGAAAUUAUGAUAGCUUCUCACUUAAUACAUCCUGAAGAUAUAAACGUAACAUGGUCUGAUAUCGCUGGAUUAGAAAGUACUGUUCAAGAAUUAAGAGAAACGGUGAUUUUACCAAUUCAACGUCGCGAACUCUUCGCUGAUUCUCAAUUAACUCAAGCUCCGAAAGGUGUUUUAUUACAUGGACCUCCUGGUUGUGGAAAAACUUUAAUUGCAAAAGCGACAGCGCGAGAAGCGGGGACUUGUUUUAUUAAUUUAGAUGUUUCCAUUCUAACUGAUAAGUGGUAUGGUGAGAGUCAGAAAUUAGCGGCGGCCGUGUUUACUUUAGCUGUAAAAAUACAACCUUGUAUCAUAUUUAUUGAUGAAAUUGACUCGUUUUUGCGCGCUCGAAAUAGCACAGAUCAUGAAGCGACCGCGAUGAUGAAAGCGCAAUUUAUGUCGUUUUGGGAUGGUCUAAUAACUGAUCCAAAUUGUACUGUUAUUAUAAUGGGGGCUACAAAUCGCCCUCAAGACUUAGAUAGAGCGAUUUUGCGCCGAAUGCCCGCCGCGUUCCAUAUCCCCCUUCCUAACGCCACCCAAAGGCGGCAAAUUCUCGAAUUAAUCUUAAUUAAUGAACCAGUUGAAGAUAAUGUUGAUGUUAAUAAAAUUGCGCGUUCAACUGACGGGUUUUCUGGCUCAGAUUUAAGAGAAUUAUGUCGAAACGCUUCUGUAUAUCGCGUUCGUGAUUAUAUGAAGAAUAAUAGAGUCACUGUAAGGUCCACACAAUCGACUAGCACGCUGGGGGAAAGCGAGGAUGAAUUCCACGACGCUUUACGGCCGAUUUCAAUGGAUGAUUUGAUGAUUUCCAUGAAUAAGAUGAAAGAAUCAAAGUUACAUUGCGGUAGUUUACACACUGAGAGGAUCGAUCUUGAUUAGUAUUACGAGAUACUCGGGUGUUACUUGAACGGGGGGGACGUGAAGGAUAAUGCGGUUUUUGAACGAUGUACUCGGUAUAAAAAAAUGUAGGAAAUCGCUUCGAAAUCGAUUUUUUUUGUUCGUUUUGUUAAUGAAAAUGAUGUGAGAAGUUU